AUGUUGAGGAAGUGAGAUAUUUCACAACAGCUGGCAGAAACACGAUGGGCUGAACAGUUCAGUUUCUUUCUUUAAUGCUGUAUGAUUGCAGAUGUCGGGUGCUGUGGUGUGAUUUCAGUGGGGAAUUUCUGAUACUAUAAACGGCUGUAGUGGGCAGAGUCACUUCUGGCCUGGCGCUGCAUUCCGGUCUGAUUACCCGAGUUUGCCUGUUUACUCCCGCACACCUCCUCUAAAGAGAUUGAACCCUACCCCUGACCAUAGGGUCAAAGAACAAGCUGCCCUCAGUGUUCAGCAAAGUUGCAGUGUCUCGUUUGCCCCCAAUGAUGUGUUUAAACGCUGGGCUUUCUUUCUGCUGCAUUGGCGAAUUCUUUCUGGGACCUCUGGAACAGACUUUGACAGCGGAUACCACACACUGAAUGGUCGGCAGAACCGUCCAUCUUUCAUUUUGAGCAACUGUUGCGCUGACAUUGGACGGGAAGGAACUUCUAAUCUGGUUUUAGUGUGGGUUGCGGAAGUGUAAAAGUUCAGUUAGAAGUGUGUUAAGAGGGAGCCCUCGGAGUUAUCGCCGUUUUCUACACUGUAUUUGUAAUAAUGGGCUUCGCGUUCGGGCUGAGGAGUUGUGCCGGCCCCUGGAACCGGAGCUGGCGGCUCUUCCCGGAAGAUUUCUGGAAAGGCUACAGUAGCAGUGGGACAAAAACACUUGCCCCAUACAGAAAACUUCAUUAUGCAUCAGUUAUCCCAACGAAGCCAACCCUCACUACCAGUUAUGUUCAUGGUGCCAUUAAUAUGCCACUCAUUUCCAAAAGCAUUGGUCAAUGCCUUGAAGAUGUAGCCAAUAAGCACCCUGAUAAAGAGGCUCUAGUGUUUCUGCAGGGUGGAGUCAGGAAAACCUUUGGACAAUUCAAGCAGGAGGUUGACCAAAUGGCUGCAGGACUGCUCGCCAUUGGCCUGGAGAAAGGAGACCGGCUAGGCAUGUGGGCACCAAAUAUUUAUGAGUGGGUUUUAAUGCAGUUUGCAACCGCACAAGCUGGUAUCAUAUUGGCUAACAUCAAUCCAGCAUACCAGGCUCGUGAGGCGGAAUUCGUCCUUAGGAAGGUUGGCUGUAAAGCUCUGGUUUGUCCCAUGAAGUUUAAGACCCAGAUUUACUAUGACAUCAUUAAGCAGUGUUGUCCAGAAGUGGAAAAAGCCACUCCUGGGGAUCUGAGGAGCAAAAGACUUCCAGAUCUAAGGACGAUCAUCAUGAUUGGUGGAAAGCCUCCUGGAACAUACAGCUAUGAUGAAGUGUUUAAUGCAGCUUCAAGCAGCCAUCGAGAGCAACUACUGAGACUUCAAAAGAAAAUCGUUUUUGAUGACCCAAUAAACAUCCAGUUCACCUCGGGCACAACAGGAAACCCCAAAGGAGUUACCCUAUCCCAUCAUAACAUUGUCAACAACGCCCGUUUCAUAGGAUACAGGAUGGGCUACGAUUGGCGGAAUGCUCGGAUCAGUUCUCCAGUGCCACUCUUUCACUGCUUUGGCUGUGUAGGAGCGACUAUGAACAUGGCCAUUUAUGGCUGCAUGGUGGUAUUUAGCUCUCCACAUUUUGAGGGACGGGCAGCACUUGAGGCAGUCCAGCGUGAAAGGUGUACAGUUAUUUAUGGGACACCAACAAUGUACCUUGACAUGCUGGGCCAGAAAGACUUCUCUACUUUUGACUUGUCAACACUUGAAACCGCAGUCGUUGCUGGUGCUCCAUGUCCUGUUGAAGUGGCCAGGAAAAUCCAAACUGAAAUGAAUAUCACUGAAUUUGUCGGAGCAUAUGGUACAACAGAAAACAGCCCAGUCACAUUCCAAGGAUUCCCAAUGGAUGAAAUGACACGGAAACUAGAGACAGUUGGAUAUGUUGCCCCUCACAUCGAGGCCAAGGUUGUGCAUCUCCAAACUGAGGAACUCCUUCCUUUGAACACAGCAGGAGAGCUGUGGAUCCGUGGAUACACUGUUAUGUUGGGAUACUGGGAUGAACCAGAAAAGACAAAGGAAUGUAUCACACCAGGGGGCUGGUACAAAACAGGCGAUAUUGCCAAACUUGAUGCGUAUGGUUACUGUCGGAUUGUUGGCCGAUGUAAAGACAUGGUUAUCCGUGGAGGAGAAAACAUUUAUCCAGCAGAAAUAGAAGCAUUUCUGCAUACACAUCCAAAAAUACAUGAAGUCCAGGUAGUUGGAGUGCAUGAUGACAAGAUGGGCGAAGAACUCUGUGCCUGUGUGAAAGUCCACGAUGGAAUGGAAUGCACAGUUGAGGAGGUUAAAACGUACUGUAAGGGACAGAUCUCCCAUUUCAAGAUCCCACGGUACAUGGUAUUUGUUAAUGAUUUCCCUCGGACUGCUAGUGGGAAGAUUCAAAAAUUCAUACUGAAAGAGCAAAUGGAAGUACAACUGGGACUUGGGUCUAAGUAAAAAAAGUCACAUCGUUGUCACAGAGGGAAAUAUCAGGACUCCUUUCAUGCCCAAAAUCUUUUGAUUAUACUGUCCUAUAAUAGUGCCCUACCAUAGAUGAUCCUCCCUUAUGUAAACUAUACCCUUUUAUCGGCUCCAUUCUAUCAUGGCUUCUACUCAAAAUACUUAAUCCACGUGUAAAGGUCAUAUAAACUGUUCACAAUGUCCAAAUUAGAUCAAAUAUAACACAUUCCAGCAUUGUAUGAUGUGCAAUAUUCUAUUCUUGGCCUGUCAUCUUCUACAGUGUCCCUCCUAUACCCCUAUAUAAUGUUAUUUGAACCUCUCCAUCAUUACAUCAGAAUGUUGAGGCAAUGUUUGGAUAAAACAACUCAAAAGUCCUUGACAAUGAGGAAGAGCUUUGACUUCCGUCAGAAUAACAGUGGAAAGGAGGAAUAAAGAUGGUGCAGUUGAAUUCUAUUCUGGGACACAGUUGCGUGGAAUACCGGCUAUCAUCCUUUGCAUUGGUAUAAUGUUAACAAAACCUCCUGCGGGUGUGAUAAGCGUUAACAGUAAAGAUACUGUUUUAUCAGCACAGCUCUAGUUUAGUCUCAGCUCUGUGUCUGCUGUCCCUUCAUUUAUCCUCUUCUGCUGCUUCAGGGAUGAAUUGAUCAUUUAAUGCCUGGUCUGAAGGAAAAGUUUAAUUCUGUAUCGAUAUCCUAUGUGCUUACAGCAAUAUUAUUUUAUAAUACUCAUACUUCCUGCAUUAUUCAUAUACUGCAACUCAGUGAGACUGCAUUCUUUCUCCCUCAGGCACUGUCCAUUUGAUUGCGGUGUGCCUGUCCUCGUUCUUAGACCAGUGUUUUAUUUAGUUGCUGUGGUAAAACACAUUUGCCCUUGGCAAGAAUCAGGGCCCCUGAAGGUCUCAUCCUGUUGGCUCUGGGGCCUCGAUCCCUACAAUUGUUUGGGACAAUUGCCACGGCCUACUGAUAUGAGUCACUGCAAGUGGUGACUCCAAGACCAAGGUGGGAAACAAGGAAGCAUCCUCCCAUCAGUGCAACCAGUUUUGACAGAAAUACCCCAACUACUUUCCCAAAGAAGUGAUUCAAACCAAAUUUACAAUCAAAGAAGGAUCCAGACCCAAAACUAUAGCUUUUCAGCUCCUCUGUUCUACAUCCUGUUGCCUCAGAUUCUCCAGCAUCAGCAGUUCCUACUAUCUCUGAAUCAGAUUUACAAUCCAUACGUUUGUAGAAUUUGAUUGGACAUUGUUCUGUAAUUCCCUGCUUUUGUUCAUUAAAACUAUGAACAUUAAUCUGGGACAUAUAUAAUCUGGUUUUAAUCACUCACCCCUACAGUUGCCUGUAAAAAUUGAUUGUUGUAGUUUGGCAAAUAUUCACCUUGAAUUAUGUGGUUGAACAAGUUUAAACAGCUGUUUCUGUUCCUGUGUAACAUAAAAAUGGAACAUUUGAAUGACACUGCUCUGAUGGACAUCUUAACAACAGUGCCUUAAUUUCGUUAAUAGUCCAUUGUUAUUCUUCAACAGAAGGUACCAAAUGUUCCUCAGCGCUACUUCAAAAGUAGGAACAGAACUUGGUAUCAAUUUCCAUUCUUGUAAAAUGAAAAUGAGCCCUAGCUGCUCAUCACAUUAUGAGGCAAUGUAAUGGUUGCAAACUGAUGCCGGUCAGCAUUCUGCCUAAACAUAAACUCAUUAUAUGAAAAUAA